AAUAGCAAUUUGUUUUGCUCUUGAAGUUAUCAUGGCAGUAAACGCGGGAUAAACAACAUUUCGUUCGAAUCUUAUGGUUGAUGCGUAAAUCCGAACAUGGCCGAUGCAAAUUUAGUCUCAAAAAUUGAGUCAUACAGCUUUUUCGACCUGGGAGAGAUCAUGAAAUACAGUUUGAGAAUAUCCGCUGAAGGCGUAAACACAAUCGAUGAUGCUCGUGCGAAAGUGUAUGAAAAAAUUACUGAGUCUCAAAAAAUGUCGUGUUGGACACUCGGAGAGGCAUUUUCCGUAUUUUCAGAUGCGAAAAACAUGGAUGUAUCAAAACGGACAGAAUUGCUGAGUCUCUAUGAGAAGGUGGAAGAUGCUUUAAAAAGUUGCGACGAGAAAAUGCAAAAGAGUUUGAAUACCAAGUUCUCUGUCGAGAACAUUGUUGAUGAAAUUCAGCUAAAGAUGAAUAAGCUUCAAGUUAAAGAAUAUGUUGUUCUAAUUGCAGGUGAAACGAGCUCCGGAAAAAGUAGUUUUAUCAACCUAAUACUUGGAGAAGAUAUUCUCCCAUCCAGCACACUGCCUGCCACAUCAACUAUUUGUGAAUUGAGAUAUGGAGAGGUACGGAAGAUUGUGGCAUAUUACAAAGAUGAGCAAAGACAACCAGAAGAACUUAUCUUACGAGAUCCAGUUGAAGGACAGAGUUAUCCAGAUCAACUUAGAGAAUAUUUGGAUGAAAGGAAUGAUCAUGAAAAAGGACCACGCUUCAAAAAAUGCAAAUUAUUUUGGCCUCACGAUUUGCUUAAGAAUGAGAUAGUCAUUGUUGACAGUCCAGGAAUUGGUGAAUCAAAUGUUUUAGAUGAUGUUGUGAAUGAUUAUCUUCUGACCGCAUUUUGUUUUGUAUAUGUCAUUGACAGCAGUCAUGCAGGGGGGGUUCAAAAUGAUCGGAUACUAAAACUUUUGGAGAGAGUUAAAGACCAAUCCCUUGAAUACUUUCUUUGUGAACGUGCUGUGUUCAUCUGCAAUAAAUGGGACCUAAUCAAAAGUAAUGAAGAAUCAGCUGUCAAAAAAUAUACAAUCGAUCGUCUCAAGAAGACAUGGCCAAAUUUGAAUCCGAAGACUCAGGUUGUCCAAAUGUCAACGACAAACGCUGUUGUGGCAAGAGAUUUCGGGAUUAAAUCUGAACAGUUUGUUUCAGUUAUGGACGCAAUCAAAACAAUGAUGCUCAAAACAAUCGCCGCGAGGCUAAAGGCUGAUUGGAGAUGGUUAAAUGAUGUUCUCUCACGCCUGAUAUUUCAAACGAAAUUGCUUAUGAACAGAGCUCAAAAAGAGGAUGUACAAGCAACUGUUGCGAAAGCAAUAAUGAAGUUAGCAAUGAUUGAACAAAAACAUGUUGAAAGUAUUGAAAGCUUGAAAAAAAGGUUUAAAAACGAGACAAACAAAACAGUUGAUCAACUUUCACUACACUUAUCAUCGGACGUUUUCAAGAGCAACCUUCAAUCGUGGGAUGAAGACCAAUGUCCCGAAAUGGAAAACACCUGGGAAGAAACAGAAAGAAAAAUUGUUAUGGCCAUCGGGCAAAGGUUCGUAGAAGAGGUUGCGAAGUGGGAGAUUGACCAUCGUCUCAUAGAAAAUACUCGGAAGUUAUUGUUAGACCAGAUAACGAAACAAAGAAACCUUCUUCACGUACGUAUACAAGGCGUUGAAAAUUACGUUAGUAAAGAACCUACAACAGUGAAUAAUCCAGAAGUCGCAACAUCGUUUACAAUCAGAGAAAAAUUUUUGAUCGGAGCGUUGUCUCCAAUAUGGUUUCCCCUGGCACUGGUCGCUAGUGUAAUUAGCCUGCCUAUUCUAGGCGUGAUGGCGUUGAAAGACGCCAUCCAAACAGCUGGUAAUAAAAAAGGGUAUAAAAGCAAUAAACCGAACUACUUGGCUAAACGGGCUGAAGAAUAUCGCCGUAGCUGCAUUGAUGAAAACAUUUUCCGGUCUUUUGUCUUGAAUCAAUUUAAAGAGAUAAGCAUUAACAUUGAAAAGAUGGAGCGUGAAAUUCCAGCAAUAAUCAGCGCUGACAAAAUAAUUAUAUGCGCACUUAUUCAAGAAAGUAUGACGGUACUGCGAGACGCAGAGAAAUACGCUCCAAUAUUUGCCGAAUGUUCUGACACCAAAGGCGAAUUAUCCAUUUUUGCCAUCAAUGAUGUGUUGCUUAGUGAUGUCAACCUUGACGAUCUGGAGUGCGAUCUAAAGUCGUCACUUGGUCAUGGAUCAUUUGCGGAUGUAUUCGAAGGGAAAAUGAUUUCAGAAGGCAAAGGGUCAGUAAACGUGGCUGUAAAAGUUUGUAAAGAAGUGCUAACAACACAGAAUGCAUCCAUGUUGUUGGAAGAAGAGCAAAUGUUAAGGAAACUGGAUCAUCCAAAUGUUGUCAAAUUUUAUGGAAGAGCGUUGCGCCCUGGCAAGAAUGGUUUGAAAUUUGUCUUCGUGAUGGAAUUAUGCGGAGAAAGUUUGAGGGAUUAUUUCACCAAACAUCCAAAGUGUUUCCCGGCCAGAGCACCAGAAAAUGUAUCUGAAAUAAUUCAAUCCUUACUCCAAAGAGGAAAGGAUAUUGCAGUGGGACUUGAUUACUUGCAUCAUCAAGGCAUUGUUCAUCGUGACUUGAAGCCUGAAAAUAUUCUAUUUGGGAAAGACAAUUGCAUGAAAAUAGCUGAUGUUGGUAUUUCCAAGAAUAUAACAGAAGUGACAGGGACGAUGGCUGGAACACCCUUGUACAUGGCCCCAGAAAUAUUUGCAGCGGAGAUUUGUGCCAGUGCUGAUAUUUACAGUUUUGGGCUGAUCUUGUGGGAGAUGUGGUAUGGUGAGGUAGUUUACAGUGAGCUUCACAAUCUGCCAUUGAGGACAUUUAGCGAGAGGAUUUCCAACAACUACCGACCUAAAAUUAAGACGGAAGCAGGUACUGUGACAAUUGCAGAGUACGUAUCACUGAUAAGGAAUUGUUGGCCAACGGAGCAACUGGAGCGUUUACCUGCUGACCAGUGUGUAGCUAAAUUGGAUGCCAUCUUAGUUCGUCAUACGACGUAGUUCAUCGUGAAUAACUUUGAUUUCUUGCAUAA